CCGUCCUCGUGAUUGGCCGCUGUGACGCCGGGGUGGAGAGGGGGGCGGGGCGUUGCCGUGGCCGUGGCAGCAGAAGAGAGUCUGAAUCAAACAAGCCGCCCUCUCCCCCUCACGGUCGCACGCGCCGCCUCGACGCCACCAUGGGCUGCUUCUUCUCCAAGAAGCCGAAGAGGAAGUCCUCCGAGCGGGACGAGCGGCCGCCGACGGCGACGACGACCGCGACGGCAACGGGCAACGCGGUUCCCCUUGGCAACAACACCGAGGAGGCUCCGAAGCAGUACAGCUGGGACACGAGGGAGAAGGUGGACCCCAAAGACUACAUGCUGUCGGGGCUCCGGGACGUGACGGCGGGCCGGCUGCCCGGCUCGCUGAGCGGCCAGCAGUUCGUGAUCCAGGAGUGCGAGAACUGCGACAUCUACGUGUUCGACCACUCGGCGACCGUCACCGUGGACGACUGCGUGAACUGCCGCGUGUUCCUCGGGCCGGCCAAGGGCAGCGUGUUCUUCCGCGACUGCAAGGACGUCAAGUGCGUGGUCGCCUGCCAGCAGUUCCGCACGCGGGACUGCAAGAAGAUGGAGGUGUUCCUGAGCUGCGCCACGCAGCCCAUCAUCGAGUCCUCCACGGGCAUGAAGUUCGGCUGCUUCCAGUACUUCUACCCCGAGCUGGCCUUCCACUUCAAGGACGCCGGGCUGAGCAUCUUCAACAACAACUGGAGCAACGUCCACGACUUCACGCCGGUGUCCGGCGAGAACAACUGGAGCCUGCUGCCGGAGACCUCGGCCGUGCUGGACUCGGUGCCCAAGCCGGACCCCGAGUCCGAGUUCAAGGCGGUUCGCAUCUCCGCCGACCCCGAACGCAGCAUCGUGCCUUUGACGAAGGGGGGCCGGCGAAAGGUCAGCGAAGAGUCCUGCCUCUUCGUCUUCUUCGCUGGAGAAUACGCCACCGCCAACGCCCGCAAACUGAUCGAUGAGACCUCGGCUCAAGGCUUCGUCCUGGUCCAGACCAAGGAGGUCUCCAUGAGACCGGACGACGUGAGCCGGGUGUUCCAGCGCAGUGCCGAGGACCUGGUGGACUACGUCACUAAAGGUCCCGUCAUCGCUCUGGAGCUCAGUGGAGACGGAGUGGUGGAAGCCUGCAGGAGCAUCUCCAGAGACGUGUUCAGUGGCACGAAGGUCUUCGUCUCCGAUAACAAAAGCACUUCCUCUCGAGACGUCGACAGCUUCUUCAACUUCGCCGACAUGCAGAUGGGCUUGUGAGCGGCCGGGUUUCCAGACGAAGCGGAUUCCCCUGAACGCCUCCUCGCCGGUUGAGUACGAGCAGCCUGUUUUUAAUCCGGCAAAAAAAAAUUGCGCAAUGAUGAAUUUUAAGGACCAGGUUUUGAUGAAGAACCCCAGCCCCCCCCCCCCCCCCCCCCCCCACAGCACCAUCGCUGAGAGUGCUGUGAAUAUUUAUAUUUCUUAUGAAUGUAUUCGGUUGCUUUUAUAGAUUUGUGAAUGUAGCUCUUUAGCUGUAAAUGUAAAAUAAAUUUUAAUAUAAAACUUUGUUUUUCUAAACUGAAACCGAAAAAAAACACGAGCAAACAAAUGCCUGAGGGGAAAUAUUUUAUAGAUAUGUUUGUGUGAGUGUGUACAGUGAUUCCAGAUGUAUGUUAGGCCAAAGGUGACUGUGUGUGUGUGUGUGUGUGUUGUAGAUGGUGUUGUGACGUAGCCAACUCAUGUGAUCAUCUUCAUUUUGUAAUAUGUGUUUUAUACUCUGCUGAAUGUUUUCUAUACCGACACAAAUUCAUGUUCUUUAUUAUAUUUUUUGUCUUUGGGGAAAAGUUUAAUUAGACUGACUUUGUGUUAAAAGACUUUUCCACAAUAAUCCUCAGUUGAGUUUCUCUUAUCAGUAAAAACACAGAUUUAAAGGGCCAGUACCGAUGUUCUGAAGGGUGUGUGAUAGGUGAGCAGCGUGAUGUUCAGACUCCAUUCAUGAAACAUGGUUCAACCUCUGAGCUCAGGAGCUGCUGGUCUCCUGUUGGUGUGUUGAUGUUGUUGUCAAUGGGGUCUGGUGUCGGCUUCAGUUCCUCUUAAAGGGGAUGUCCUGGUUCCUCUUAAAGGGAUGAGCGAUCCCUUCAAGAGGGACGUCCUGGUUCCUCUUAAAGGGAUGAGCGAACCCUUCAAGAGGGCAGCCUGGUUCCUCUUAAAGGGAUGAGCGAACCCUUCAAGAGGGACGUCCUGGUUCCUCUUAAAGGGAUGAGCGAACCCUUCAAGAGGGCAGCCUGGUUCCUCUUAAAGGGAUGAGCGAACCCUUCAAGAGGGACGUCCUGGUUCUUCUUAAAGGGAUGAGCGAACCCUUCAAGAGGGACGUCCUGGUUCCUCUUAAAGGGAUGAGCGAACCCUUCAAGAGGGACGUCCUGGUUCCUCUUAAAGGGAUGAGCGAACCCUUCAAGAGGGACGUCCUGGUUCUUCUUAAAGGGAUGAGAGUCCUGGUUCCUCUUUUGUGAAGAACUCCCAAAGUUCAGCUGUGAAAGGGUUUUGUUUGUGUUGAGCUGGUGAAAUUACUUUAUUAUUUCCCCCUUUUUAAAAAUGUUUUGCUCAUCUGUGAUUUUAAGCAACAAACAAAGCGAAAUCUCAACGAUGUUUUUGUUUUGUUUCCUUUAAGAUAAAUAGACAGCGGGUCGUCCUGUGAUGUACUUUUUGUAUUUGUACACCUUUUGUACUCGAGCACAGUUUCCGUGUCCGUCUGUGACUUUAAAAAUGACUUCCUGUCUUUAUAGAGCGACACAUUAAAGCUGGAGGACGCCUGGAA